GUGCACUGUUCUCCUCUGUGUUUGGCGGCCGAGAAAAUAAUCUCUCUGCAACUUUCUCUGCCGAGAAAAUAUGAGUCCCGGAAGGAAAAUUCUGGGGCUUUUCUUGGUCGGGAUCUUCAUCGGAACCGUAAACGGACAAACUGGAUGCGAUCCGUACAUCGGAAAAUGGGUAUUGGAUUCGGCUUAUCCCUUGUAUAACUCCUCGGAAUGUUCCUUCAUUAGGAAGGAAUAUGAUUGUGUCAAAUACGGCCGUUCCGAUCGCCGCUACCUUCAAUUCCGGUGGCAGCCUCUCCACUGCGAUUUGCCCAGAUUUGAUGGAGAAGAAUUUUUGAAGAGAUUUAGGGAGAAGAAGAUAAUGUUCAUUGGAGACUCCAUAAGCAUAAACCAAUGGGAAUCUCUUCUAUGUAUGCUUCAUGCUGCUCUUCCUGACUCCACCGUCAUUCAACAGUCCAAUGAAACCUUUCGCUCCUACACAUUCAAGGAGUAUGGAACUUCGGUGAUGCUAUGUCUAAACCAUUACUUGGUGGAUAUUGAAGUGGAAGACAUUGGAAGAGUUUUGAAGCUUGAUUCAUUGAAAUCUGGUGAUCUAUGGAAGGAGAUGGAUGUUUUGAUCUUCAAUACUUGGCUUUGGUGGAACCGCAGACAACCGGGUCAACCAUGGGAUUACAUUCAAAUUGGGAACCAGAGAGUGAAGGACAUGGAUAGAAUGAAAGCUUUUGAGCAUGCAUUAAGAACAUGGGCAAAGUGGGUUGAUUCAGAAGUUGAUACACACAAAACCACACUCUUCUUCCAAGGAAUUUCUCCCACUCACUACAAUGGCAAAGACUGGAACGAGCCGGGAGCAAAAAAUUGUGGGAACGAAACAAGUCCAGUAGCGGGAUCAACAUACCCAGGAGGUUUGCCAGCAGCAUCAUUCACACUCCAGAAAGUAUUGAAUGGAAUAUCAAACCCAGUUCACUUGCUCAACAUAACAACUCUGUCUCAGCUUAGAAAGGAUGCUCAUCCAGGCAAAUACAGUGGCCUUAGAGAAAUGGACUGCAUACAUUGGUGCAUUGCUGGCCUUCCUGAUGCUUGGAAUCAACUUCUUUAUGCAGCUCUAAUUUCCUAG